AUCGAGGUCACAGAAAUGUAGACGAGCAUUACUAGCGAGGGAGCAACAAACCGUCUCGCAGCACGACCUCAGAUUUGGAGCCUUUACGUUUCUGCCUUGGACAGCUCCACCGCAAAUGUGAUGCAGUCGCUCGCACAAGAGAUAAAAUCCUUCUCCAAAUCUAAUUUGCGGAAACAAUGCACCAGAGUAACGAGUUUGAGCGGCAGGCGGAUUAUUGAGACAUGGAAAGGUUCCACUGUACAGGUGGUUGAGGAAACGGUACAGCCUGAAACUCCAUGUGGAUAUGUUCAGGAUCAUAACUGGGAUCUUCAAGUUGGAUAUAUUAAGCCAUAUCUAUUACUUGGGUCACAAGACGCCGCUCAUGACUUUGGUACUUUGAGGAAAUACAAGGUCACACAUAUUUUAAAUGUUGCAUACGGCGUGGAAAAUGCCUUUCCUGACCUGUUCAUCUAUAAAACACUGAGCAUACUGGAUCUACCUGACACUGAUAUCAUAUCUCACAUCGAGGAGUGCGCACAGUUUAUAGACCAGGCUAAAGCUGAGAAGGGAAUUGUACUUGUCCACUGCAAUUCUGGAGUUUCGCGUUCUGUUUCGGUCGUCAUUGGGUAUCUGAUGCUGAAGGAAAAUCUGCCUUUUGGAGACACGUUUGCGCUGGUGAAGUCAGCUCGACCCGCCUCGUGUCCGAAUCCAGGUUUCAUGGAACAGCUGAAAAAGUUCAGACCAGAGGAUGCUACACAAGCAAACGGCUUGGGUCAUGAUUGAACAUUGUUCUACAGCUGCAUCAGUGUAAUGUCAAAGAAAUAGUUCACCCCAAAAGGAAAAUUCUGUCAUCAUUUAAAGGAACAAUCCUUUUUUUUAAAUAAAUGGGGUCAUUCUCCACCUCCCCUGGAGUUAAUAAGCUAUGAGUUUUACUAUUUUUGAAUCCACUUAGCUGAUCUCCAGGUCUAGCCGUAGCGCUUUUAGCAUAGCUUAGCAUAGAUCAUUAAAUACAAUUAGACCAGUCGCAUCACAUUCAAAAAUUCCCAGAUAGUUUCAUAAUUUUUCCUAUUUAAAACUUAAACUCUUCUGUGGUUGUAUUGGUUACUGAGAGUGGCGGAAAAUGAAAAGCGGUUGGAUUCGGUGAUUUAUGCUAAGCUAAGCGCUAUCGCCAGACCCGCAGAUUGGAGAAUCAGCCUAUUUCCAAAAAAAGUGGAGUGUUCCUUUAAAGCUGGUUUUCCAUUAAACAGAUGGAGAUAUUUACAGAGAAUGUCCUAGCUGCUCCUAGCUGUCCUAGCUGCUUUUUCUUACAGGGAAAGUGAAUGAGGACUAUGGAGACCGUUUGAGAAAGGUACCAAACAUAGAAAUGACAAACAGUAACAUGGGUUUUUAAUGAUAUGAAGGUCAGUAAAUAAAGACAGAAUUUAAAUUUUUUUGGUGAACUGCUCUUUUAAAGCCACCAGUGCUUCCAUCAUUGUUUCAUAAAUGGCUUUAGUUUAACACUUCGGAAAUGUCUCACAGGUGCUAAAAUGACAAAAAGAAAACCCUUCAGCUAGAAUUUGAAUUCAACUGGCUCCACAGAAUGUUGAGUUUUGAAUUUGAAAUUACAGAAAGGACAAUAAGUUCUCAACAUAUUCCAUUUUUUUUUGUAAUUCCUUCAGUUCAAUUACAGAUCUCAUCCCUUAUGCUGCUUCAGUCUAAUUUCAGGAAUUCACAUUCAGAAGUCAUUCACAUCCAUACACUAAUAUUAAUAGCUGCAUUUCAUAAUAAAUUAGCUUAAUGUAUCAUACACUUUUAAGAUGUGGUUAAUUUUCACAUUCAGCAGGUGUUUAAAAUCUUCUUUCCUGAUACUGACAUCUUGUGGUCAACUCUCACAUUUUGCAUUAUUAUUGAAUAAAAUUAUUUGAUCCAUUUCUUUUUUUUUUAUUUCUUUUUUUUUAAAUAAAGACUCAUAGGGUUCUUUAUAGUCAGUGACUUUGAUAGCAACAUGAACUCAUUUUGUCCUCACUUGACAUUUGGGAUGCAAAGCUAUAUUUGUGCAAUAUAGUAACUUAAAUAUCAACCAAAAAGAGGGACUAGUUGAAGUAUUCCUGGUACAUCAAAUCUUAGUUCAGUUCCUUUUGUAAUUUUGUAAUUUUAAUUACAUAUUUGGAUGUUUUUGUCCAUAUUGCAUAGUAAUAUAGUUUAUAUAUAGUUUUUUUCCUUUUUUCCACUGUUGUGAUGUGUUUUUCUGAAGGUAGAAAAUUAUCAUCAAUAUUUGUGAGGAUGUUUGACAUGAAAGUUUAUUUCACUUUUAGAACUUCUGGGAUUAACUUUGUGGUGUAGACUGAGCCUUGAUUUUAAAGUAUGGA